AUGCGCCCUUCUCAUUCUGUAGCACAAUGCAUAUUGUUGCUCUGUUACCUUUUUACAUCAUCAAUUGAACAUGAACCACCAGAAGAAGAUAUUUGUAAUGAACGAUCAUGUUAUCCUGCAACUGGUAAUCUUCUAAUUGGACGAAAGAAAAGUCUUAGUGCGACAUCAACAUGUGGUUUACAUGGUCGACAACGUUAUUGUAUUGUAUCACAUUUAGAAGAGCAAACAAAAUGUUUUUAUUGUGACAGUAGAACAGAGUGGAAACCAAAUCGGGAACCAUAUAAAUUGAGCCAUAGGUAUGUAUCCAUUUUACCGUUUGGUGCAGUUUUUAGAGUCGUAUGUUGA